GAGGGUACAUCCACAGAGAGCUUGCACUUCAGCUCAGCGUUCAGUACAGCACGGUCGCUCUUAGCCUCUGUCCGGCCACCCUCUUCAUUUUAGUUUCUUUUGGAGGCACUUUGUGCACACAAACACUAAACCGCCAUGGAUGCCAUCAAGAAGAAGAUGCAGAUGCUCAAGCUCGACAAGGAAAAUGCCUUGGACAGAGCUGAGCAGGCUGAGUCAGACAAGAAGGCAGCCGAGGACAGGAGCAAACAGUUAGAGGAUGAAAUUAAUGAAUUGGAAAAGAAAUUACGUGUUACCGAAGACGACAGAGAUAGACUGCUCGAGGGGUUCCAGUCUGCUGAAGAAAAAUUGCUAAGUUCUGACGAAAACGCCACAAAGCUUGACGAUGAGCUGGUGGCUCUGCAGAAAAAGCUCAAGGGAACUGAAGAUGAGCUGGACAAAUACUCUGAGGCAUUGAAAGAUGCCCAGGAGAAACUGGAACUGGCCGAGAAGAAAGCCACCGAUGCUGAGGCUGAUGUAGCUUCCCUGAACAGACGCAUCCAGCUGGUUGAGGAGGAGUUGGAUCGUGCUCAGGAGCGACUGGCCACUGCCCUGCAGAAGCUGGAGGAGGCUGAGAAGGCAGCUGAUGAGAGUGAGAGAGGCAUGAAGGUUAUUGAGAACAGAGCCCUGAAGGAUGAGGAGAAGAUGGAGCUGCAGGAGAUCCAGCUUAAAGAGGCCAAGCACAUUGCUGAGGAGGCUGACCGCAAAUAUGAAGAGGUUGCACGUAAGCUGGUGAUCAUUGAGAGUGAUCUGGAGCGUACUGAGGAGCGUGCUGAGCUGUCAGAAGGCAAAUGUGCUGAGCUUGAAGAAGAAUUGAAAACUGUGACCAACAACCUGAAGUCACUGGAGGCACAGGCCGAGAAGUACUCACAGAAGGAAGACAAGUAUGAGGAGGAGAUCAAGGUCCUCACUGACAAACUGAAGGAGGCUGAGACCCGUGCUGAGUUCGCUGAGAGGACCGUUGCCAAGCUUGAGAAGAGCAUUGAUGACUUGGAAGAGAAACUGGCACAGGCUAAAGAAGAGAACCUCAAUAUGCACCAGAUGCUGGAUCAGACUCUUCUGGAACUGAACAAUCUGUGAAAGCUUGUGUUCACUCCCACUAUUGCACCUCGCUUGCCAUGAAACCCCUGGAAAAGACAGAAAAGCCUUUGAAAUUGCACCAUGAAUACAGUUGUAUAUUACACCAUUCCAUGUUCUCUGGAUCUCCGACACAGGACAGAGGCCCGGGGAUAGGGGCAGCUCUUCCUAUGGCAAGCCAAAGGAGAGGAACACUAGUAUAGAUACAAACUGAUAUUUAAAUUUAAUGCUGUCUACAUUUUGUAUUGGGUUAUUUUGCAACAUAGGGCAUGAUGAUGUUUAUUAUUUUUUAUUAUAAUUAUGAUUUUUUUUUUUUGCUCUAGUAUGAAUAUUUUAUUUGCAAUGAAAGAAGAAUCUGUUCAUGUUGCAUUCCUAGAAAUAAAUGCUUGGGCUGUGCAUUUUUAAAGAGACUUUAUUUCUGAAUAGUUUUGACAAAAAAGGAGCAAAUUUGUCACUAUAUAUCAACACACAUUGUUUCUUUAAACCCAGUGAAUGAUUUUUUGUACUUUCUAUACAUUAUGUGGGGUGGGAGGCAGGGUACUGUUUUGUUUUUUUUUUUUGUUUUUUUUUUUUUUUUUGCAUGUUAGAUGACAAACUUCAGGAGUAUACAGGUGCUACUGUAAAAAAAAAAAAAAACCAAGAUGCAAAGAAAAUGUAAGAUACAUAUCAUAGGCAGUAGGUAUCUUUUUAUAUUAUGCAGGCAGUAGCAAUUUGUGAAAUAGCGGAGUGCCAUAUUUAGAAAGGGAUUAUUUUCACUCUAGAAUAUAUUUAUUUUGCAAACCAAAAGCUCUUUACAAAAUGUGUGGCAACAUUAACUUUAAAAAUAGGUGUUUUUUUUUUUUGUUAAACUGAAGGUUUGAAAAACUCAAUGAUAAAUUAACCUUGGGGAGAUUAUUGCAUUAUGUAUUUUAUUUUGUUUUAAAGUUAUGAGAAUAAUACAUUUGGUAGUGCCUCACCUAUUUUACACAUUUUAUUUUGAGACGUGUUAAAUAUAUACCUUAUAUAAAGUAAAAUAAAACAUUGUAUAAUGAUAUUAAAUAUAAAAUAAAAGCACACUUUUUGGGGAAAAUUUUCUAAAA